AUGUCAGGACGUGUGUGCGCCAGCAUUCUGCAAAGAGCUUCAUGCUACACACUGACUCUGCCCAUCUCCACAGUAUCGCAGGUUUGUGAACUGACUGUCUGUCAAUAAAGUGUGCAAAGUUUCGUGCACGGCGUUUCACAUCGUAAUGUGUGCUCAUUACUGUUUUUGUUCAGUAUACCCACUUUGAAGCACUCCCGUUUUCCCAGCCUCGACCUGCUCAUCCUCACUUCUCAUCCUGGGGUCCCUCCAGAGCUGAGCAGGUGGGCUUCAGUCUACAGGAGCAGGGGAACUGGUCUCAGAGGAGGCAGCACCUCUCAACUCGUCAGGAUCUGGACUUCCAGCUUAACCAGGUUCAGAUCAACAACAUCCUGCGAUCCAAUGAGCAGGUAAUUGAUUAAGUGACGUUAUUACUGAGUAUAUCUAAACUCUCAUGCAUGUUUUUUACUGUAUUUUAACGUCUAACAUGAGUUAUGUGGUUCUCUGGUAUUAUUGUUAUUCUUACAUGACAGCUUUAAAGGGAUAUUCUGGCUGAAAAUUAAUUUUACGCUGGAAUAUCCCCUUAAAGUUAUGGGUUAUCAUAUACACAUCUCUGUAAAUGUACAUUUAAAUCACAGACUGUCAGUGUCCCAGAGUUUGAUGGGAGGGGACUCAGUGCUGUGAGGAAGUUUGAAAGUAACCAGCUGGCUGCCAACACUCCCAAUGAGGAUCGCCGCAGUGCUGCCACCUGUUUACAGGUGAGUAUAUCCUCCUCUCUCUGUGUGCAUCCAUCCCCCUAUUUUCUUCCCCCUCUUGCUCAAUCAAAUAAUCCUUCCUUUUCAGUCAAAGGGCAUGCUCUUUGGAGUGUUUGAUGGCCAUGGGGGCUGGGCAUGUGCACAGGCGGUCAGUGAGCGGCUGUUGUACUACACGGCAGUUGCAAUGAUGCCGAAACAGAUCCUCGAGGAGCUUGAAAAAUGCAUGGAGGAUGGCAGACCUGUUCCUCCCAUUUUGCAGUGGUACAAACACCAUACAGACUUCAACUAUCGUGAAUCCGCUUCACUCUACAUUGACCAACUCAGAGUCUUCUGGCAAGAAUUACUGGACAGUGAAGAACAUGAUGAAGGCAUGAGGUAUGAGAUCCUGAAUUCCCAAUUACAUAACAAUAAAGAUGUAUGUGACUGAUUUUCCUCUAACAUCAUCUCCUCUUUCUUUAGUCCUCCUGACGCUCUGGAUCGGGCAUUUAAACGCCUCGAUGCAGACAUCUCUUUAGAAGCUCAAGUCCCUCUCUCCAAUGACCUCAUGAAAAGCACAGCCAUUCAGGUACAACACCUUUUUUCUUUCCUCAGUGAUACUUUUAUUUGUCACACAGUGCUGAUAAACAGGUAUUUAUCUCCCCAGGUUGCAUUUGCUGGUUGCACUGCUUCGGUAGCUCAUAUUGGCACAGAAGGGAUCCACGUUGCAAAUGCAGGUGACUGCAGAGUAGUUCUAGGAGUGCAGGAGGAGGAUGGUUCUUGGAGUGCGCUACCCCUUUCCCAGGACCACAACUCACAAAAUGAGGCAGAGAUGGAGCGUAUUAGAGCCCAGCACCCACCCUCAGAGAGGGACACAGUGGUCACAGAUGACAGGCUGCUUGGGGUGAGAGUUCUCAUAGCUUAGAUGCAGCUAAACAACUUGAUCUGAAAUUUUGAGUCUUAAACUUUUAUGUUGCCUCCAGGUACUGAUGCCACUGCGUGCAUUUGGUGAUGUGAGAUUCAAGUGGAGCCAUGAGCUGCAGCAGGGCAUUUUAGCUGGCCUUGAGUCCGGAGUGGACCUGGACUCUCUCAACCUGUACCAGUACACUCCACCUAACUACUUCACUCCACCCUAUUUGGAUGUAGCACCUGAGAUAACCUAUCACAAGUUAAGACCAAAGGACCGAUUUCUGAUCCUCGGCACUGAUGGUCUGUGGGAUGAACUGGGAAAUGAGGAGGCUGUACGGCUUGUUGGAGAGCACCUGAGCGGGGUUCACCUCCAGGUCUGUACUGAGUCAAACUGAUCAGUAAUCUUAGUUCUCUGUCUACAGCACACAGCUCUGAUGUGGUAACUUUGUAUACUCCUGAAUAUUUUCCAAAGAUUCUUCUGUGUUUCGAUCUUACAGGCUCCAGUCUCCCCAUCUGAGAGGCAGCUUAAACUGGGGCAAAUGCAUGAACUCCUACUAAAACGUAGAGCCCGUGCCUCCCCCGCUCUGGACACCAACGCCGCCACACAUCUCAUCCGACGCGCUCUUGGCACGGGGGAGUAUGGGGAACUCUGCCAGGAGAGACUGGCCUCUAUGCUCGCUCUGCCAGAGGAUUUGGCUCGCAUGUAUAGAGAUGAUAUCACAGCUACUGUGGUGUAUUUGAACUCAAACCUGGCCAGACCUCAACAUGGGUAA